GGAGAUGCCCGGCGGAACAUUGCCUUAACAAGUUUCGGCUAUGCUGAAGGCGGCACUUUUGAUCUUGUACUAAUUAAUUUCACAGUACCAGAGACCAUUGUGUAUAAAGUGGAUUCGAGAGAGAACGCAGAUAAAUCGGGUGCGAUUGGGUUUUCAUUGUCUCGUGGUCAUUCCAUCGCAUCUGGAGUCGGCUCAAAUCCUCAUGUUUGUCAGUUACAGCAAACUGACCAAGAUUUCGAUGCUCUUUUCUUCUUCGCGGAUUUACCUCAAAGGCGUUUACGAGUAUUCCGUUCUGGAGCGGGCAAAUUGAUUCGUCUUUGUGCUUCCCACGACGCGUAUGUGCGUAGUGAGCGUGACGUAGGAUGGCUAGAUAAAUUCAAGCGUAUUUUAUCUGGAACAGAAUCAGGAACUCCUUACGAAGACUAUAUUCCAUUAAUGCAAAAGGAUCUGCAGUAUUCAACGAAUAUAUCGAUCCGCUUUUCUCGUGAGUUAAGUGGGGAAUAUCAUUUCAUAUACCAUAAUUGUUUUAAUUAUCGUGAACAUGGAUACAGCAGUAGAGUGGCUGUUGAUUUCACGGUAUGGAUCGUGGAACGCAAUGUUGGUUCGUUUUUGUCUGCUGGCGACAUUCCAAAACCACAGCUGUUUUUAUAUUUCUCGCUGGCAUUUGUCUUAGCAGCUACUCUUUGGUGCAGACUACUAUGCUUAUCGAGCCAUGCGAACGUCUAUCGUGUGCACGGUCUUAUGACGGCGUUGGUACUUCUGAAGGGUGCAUCACUAUUUUUCCAUGGCGUAAACUUUUUUUUCGUCAGCAAAUAUGGACAACAAAGCGAAAUCUGGGCUGUGGUUUAUUACAUCACACAUUUACUCAAAGGUGCCCUUCUUUUCGGGACGAUUAUUCUCAUUGGCACAGGCUAUACUUUUUUCAAAAACUUUCUUACUGAACAUGAUCGAAAAGUCUUCAUGGUUGUCCUACCGCUUCAGAUUGUGGAUAAUAUCGCCAUGGUAAUACUUGAGGAAAGUGAGUUUGGUCAGCAGGGAUACCAGAUGUGGUUCGAGAUGUUCGUCUUCAUUGACAUGAUUUGCUGUUUCCUCAUCAUAUUUCCAAUAAUUUGGUCUAUGCGCCAUCUGUCUGAAGGGGCACGAAGCGAUGGCAAAGCUGCGUUCAACCUAGAAAAACUUCGCCUAUUUCGUCACUUUUACAUUAUUGUGAUAUCGUAUGUGUACUUGACCAGAGUAAUGAAGCUACUUUUACAGUACAUCCUUCCAUUUGAUCAAGAAUGGGUAACGGAUGCAGUUGUCGAGUUUUCUACGCUUGUUUUUUUUAUCCUAGUUGGGGUUUUGUUUCGUCCACAACCUGCAAACCCUUAUUUGAAAUUGAACGAAGGGAUUGACGAAGGAGAGGAUUUUUCGUGA